AUGGCGACGCUGGGAAGCGAGCCGCAGCCCUUCCCCGCCGCUGCCCUGGCGGUGGCAGCGGGCGGGGUGGGCGGCGGCGGCUGUGGCGGCGGCGGUGCGUUGGGUCUGCAGCCUCUGACCCGCGGUCUGGAGCGGGCAUUGGAGGAAGCGGCUCACUCCGGGGGGCUCAACCUGAGCGGCAGGAAACUGAAGGAGUUCCCGCGCAGCGCCUCCGCCCUCACUCACGACCUCUCCGACACGGUGCGGGCAGAUCUAUCAAAGAACAGAUUAACAGAGAUUCCUACGGAGUUGUGCCAUUUUGUGUCACUGGAAACACUAAAUCUAUACCACAACUGUAUUAAAAUUAUUCCAGAUGCCAUAGUGAACUUACGAAUGCUAACUUACUUAAAUUUGAGUCGAAAUCAACUUUCUUCUUUGCCAGCUUGCCUGUGUGGUCUUCCUCUGAAAGUCUUAAUUGCAAGCAACAAUAAGCUAGGUUCCCUUCCAGAAGAGAUAGGUCAGCUAAAGCAGUUAAUGGAACUGGAUGUCAGCUGCAAUGAAAUCACAACUUUGCCACAACAGAUAGGCCUGCUGAAAUCUUUAAAAGAACUGAAUGUCAGAAGAAAUUACCUCGAAGUUUUACCCCAAGAACUAGUACAGCUUCCCUUGGUGAAGUUUGACUUUUCCUGCAAUAAGGUGCUUGUGAUUCCCAUUUGUUUUAGAAAGAUGGCACAGUUACAAGUACUGCUGCUUGAGAACAAUCCUUUGCAAUCUCCACCAGCACAAAUUUGUACAAAGGGGAAGGUGCAUAUAUUCAAAUAUCUGACAGUACAGGCCUGUCAGAUUAAAACAGCAGACUCACUGUAUCUUAAUGCCAUAGAACAGCCACAUUUGCCACAACCUGUGGAAGAAAGCAUUGAUGACCUCUACCCAAGUAAAAAGGACUCGGAUUCAGGUGUUGGUAGUGACAAUGGUGAUAAGCGUUUGUCAGCAACAGAGCCGUCUGAUGAAGAUACUAUCAGCUUUAAUGUUCCAAUGUCAGACAUCGUGGAAGAAGAUCAGGUUGUAAAGGAAGAUUCAGGUCACCAUGCCAACUCAAGAAAAGUGGAAUUCCAUCAGGGAUCUUCUCACUUGAUUGUCAAUGAUAAAUCAAGAGAGACAGGAAUCCGGCUUGAUGAAUCAGAUGCUCUUACUACAGAAUUCAUGAGCUACAUUAAGAGCAGAGCAGCAGAGUGUGAUGAAUUACUGAGAAUUGAAGAGGACGCACAAUGGCAAACAGAAGAAAUAAUAAAUAUGUCAGAAGAACAAACUAUUGAUAUAGAAAUGAUAGAACAACUAAGAGAAGCAGUAGAUUUGUUACAAGAUCCCAACAGAUUAAGCAUGGAUAUUUCAGAAAGCAGUGAUGUGAAUCUGUAUCCCAUGGAACCAGCAGCAGCUUUAGAAUUUCAGGAAUCUACAGUAAACAGUCAAAUGCAGAUGGAGAUGUCCUCCCUUGGCCAGAAGGAAAAUGCUGAAGAGGAACUAGAAUUUCAUAGGAGGAGGGAAUUAAUUAUGGAGAAAGCCAAGAAUGAAAUGAAAACAUGUGAACAGGGUGAAAAAUGGUCAUUGAAUCAGAAUGAUGUAAUUGUUUGGAAUACAAGUGGCCAACCCUCUCACAAUGAGAACAAAGAUAAAAGUCCAACACUGUCUCCUACUACAAACAACACAAUCCCUUUUGGCCUGAAGCCACGAUCAGUGUUCUUAAGACCACAAAGAAAUUUGGAAUCAAUAGACCCACAGUUUACAAUUCGGAGGAAAAUGGAGCAGAUGAGAGAAGAGAGAGAGCUUGUUGAACAGCUGCGUGAGAACAUUGAAACAAGACUAAAGAUAUGUUUGCCUGAGGACUUGGGGUCUGCUCUAAUGGAUGGUGUAGUUCUUUGUCAUUUAGUAAAUCACAUUCGACCUCGGUCAGUAGGAAGUAUUCAUGUACCUUCACCAGCAGUACCUAAACUUAGCAUGGCCAAAUGCAGGAGAAAUGUUGAAAAUUUCCUGGAUGCAUGUAGAAAGCUGGGGAUACCAGAGGAGAAGCUCUGCCUACCACAUCACAUCCUAGAAGAAAAGGGCUUGGUAAAAGUGAGCAUAACAGUUCAAGCAUUGCUAGAUGUAACCACAGUGAAACAAGCUUUAUUCACGUGAAACUACUCUCUCUGCUGUUACCAGCUCCACUGUGCCAUCAAAGAAUCAAAUCACUGCCCGUCUUUACAGACUACAUUGAAAAAAAACAGUGCUCCAAGAGUAUUCUGAUACUUCUGAUUUUAAAAUCAUCUUUGAGACUGUACACGUGCAUCCAACUACAAACCAGAGACUAAAAGAAAACAUUUUAUAGAGCACAUUGGGGCCUCACUGCUUUUCUAGCUCGCUUUGUACAGUACUUACUGAAACAGCCACCUCUGCCACGUAAAAAUGUGUGGAGUACACAGCUGUCUUGCAGCAAGAUACCUUCGUAUUAUUAAACUAAGAAUCCUCAUAAUCAUUUUUGGAGGGAGGGAGAGUAAGUCAGACUUGUGCCACAUCAGGUUUUUCUGCAGUUGCUUCGGGCUAUUGCCUUUUAAAAAUAUCCAGACACAAAAAUAUUUAUAUAAAUGUUAUUUAUUAGUGAGUUGUUAUUCAUCCUUUGGAUGCAAAAUGUAAAUUAGGAAACUGUAUUUUAUUACUGCUUUUUUUGUGGUUAAACACUUUAUUUUAAUAUAAAUGUUUAGUUAUUUUUUAUUCUACUAGGGGUGCAGUAGCUCUAGAUCUCCAUACAUUGUAUUUUCUAACUCCUAAGAGCAAAAGCAAACCAAGUAGGUGCUUCAGUUCGAAGAACAGCUCGCUGGAAUGGCAUUCUUUUAUUUUCAAUGUGUGGAACAUCGAUGAAAGUUUGUCUGCAUUCCGUUUCUUUCCUACAUUCCAGCAGCACUUUUCCCCCCAACCCACACACACACACACACACACACACACACACACACACACACACUUGAUUCAAUUGGCUGAAGCAGAGCACACCCAUGACUUGUAUAUAGAUGUUUAAAAUAGGAAAGACGUAAACUUGAAAAAAUAAAUGUGAAUAUUUUUGAUUGCUUAUUUUACUAUGCACAAGACAUUUAACUUUUGCCACAACAAAAUGAAUGAUGUGCAUUAGGAUCGUGUGUCUUGAAAUAGGAUUUUUGCACUGUAACUUGAUUUUCUUUUAAAGACUACGGCACUACGGAACGAAUAGAGCAGAGCACAAGAACGCUAACAGGUAGCCAAAAUGUUUUUCUUCAUUAAUUCCUUCCAGAGGUGAUAAAAUCGUUAACACUGCCGAGGGCAGUCUUACAUCUGACCUUCCAGCUGCUGGCUGCAGUGCUUCUCCCCGUUCACUGAAGUCAUUGGGUUCCCCCUGAAUCGAGCACAGCGUUCUGUAGUGGGACUGGAGGUCCGAUCCUACACCCAUUCAUGUCAGCAAUAGGAUAGAAGCUUCUCUUUCUUAUUACUACUUUACGUUUUUUGAAAAGACUUUUCAGGAGCAUCAUUUAUUAUGAAAACAUCAUCUUUAGAUCCACGAGUCCCAGCGCAGCCAUUAUCACAGUGUCUGGAACUUCCACUUUCUGUAGCUUGGACGGAGGCUGCAGGUGUGAGUUGGGUGGGCAGGGUGGGAGAGCUGCGUGUGGGGGAAGGUGAGCUGAGCCGCCAGCUCCGUGCCGCACGGGGGCUGUGGUUGGAAAUACGCACCAUGAUGGGAAUGAGGCGAUGCGGUGGGAGAACAAACAGGAAGAAAGCUGUGGAGAAAACUGUUGUGCAAGGACUUUCUGAAGGCACGAUGCAUAACUUGUCGCUGCUGCACAGCUAGGCUGAGUUACCUGCGUGUUUGCACAGGUGCUGCAGUUCAAAACAGCUGUGCUCCAAUCGCAGACUUUCAGUCUAUAGUGCAGUAUUUGAAUGCAGGCUGUGCACUGUAACGCCACGGACUGCCAACGUCUGUACUGAGAGCAGCUUGUCAGAGUGGGCCUGCAGACACACAGUAUGCCCAGGAUAGCAGUUACUUCAACCAAAGCAGAAGCAUUUAUUUUAUAGAGGGAACGGCGACUUAAAAUGGCAAUUUGGAUCGGCAGCUAUAGCAUGUUGUUUCCUAUCAAAUGUACUGUGCACUUUACCGCUAAAUUAAAAUGUAUUUUAAUAUUUUACAGAGCUGCACAAAUAUCUGUUUUGUCAAAAAGCACGAGCAAUGUAAAGAGAAAUACGUUUUCGAGGUAGAGUUUAUCACAUUUUAAAAAGCAUUCAAAGAUUGAUUAUAAAAUAGGAAUAUUGAUUUCUGCAUCUCGAGGGAUAAAAUGCAGGUUUCCUGAGUAUUUUUUUACAAUGUAUAUAUGGCACCAUGAAGCUUUGUAAUUAUUAUUUUGACAAAUCUUGGUUUUUCAUAAUUAAAAUUUUGUUUUUCCUCCUGACAGUGUCUUUCAGUAUUUGCUCAAAGUUGGCUGUAAAUAGCUCUACCUAUUUUGUCAUACGGCUUUUCUAUGCAGUCUUAACCUGUAUGGCUAAAAAGAGGAUCUUCAUGAGUCUUUGUACACUAUUUGUACGUGCAAUAAAACAUGCAUGGUGGAUCUAUCAUA